UGUGCGCGUACAUAUGUAUGUUAUACUGUUGACGUGCAUAUAUAGCCGUGAAGAGGAAAGUUCACCAUAAAAUGCUACCGGCUCAGAAAAUUAUCGGUUUGAAUGCGACAGGAUUAAUACGCGAAAAUGAAAAGCAAUUGUAAUCGGAGAAUGCGUCGUUAACAUUCACUGGUGUGCCUCAUGAACAAACGAGAUGGAUGUUCAAGAGCGAAAAGUUGCGCAGGAUAACGUGAACCUUCAUACUGGUUGGAUUACGCAGCAACCGCCACAGCAGCAGAACUUUCAGCCGGUUGAAAGUACCCAGCAGCAGAAUCAUCUUGUAAGCCAGCAAGUGGAACACAAUUCUGUGGAGCCUUCAAAAAUGACGGAUCCGCGAGAACAUCAGCAACAGCAAUCCCAACAGCACCAGCAAAAUAAAAGCAAUGAAGAGCCAAGGACAAAUUUGAUUAUUAACUAUCUUCCACAGAGUAUGACAGAGAAGGAUCUGUAUAGUUUGUUCGUAACUAUUGGGCCUGUUGAAUCUUGUCGUGUGAUGAAGGAUUACAAAACUGGCUAUAGCUACGGUUUCGGAUUCGUUAAUUAUGCCAAAGCUGAAGAUGCAGCUACAGCCAUAAACACCUUAAAUGGGCUUCAGGUCCAGAACAAAAGGCUAAAGGUGUCUUUUGCACGACCAUCCGGCGAGGAGAUCAAAGAAACCAAUCUCUACGUUACAAAUUUGCCAAGAAACAUAACAGAAAGCCAGAUCGACGAUAUAUUCAGCAAAUACGGGAACAUAGUGCAGAAGAAUAUUCUAAAAGACAAACUCACUGGACUACCGAGGGGUGUGGCAUUUGUCAGAUUCGAUAAACGGGAGGAGGCGCAGGAGGCGAUCGCAAGACUACAUGGCACGAUACCAGAAGGUGGAUCGGAGCCACUUAGCGUGAAAAUCGCGGAGGAACACGGAAAACAAAAGGCGGCGUACUACGCGGGAUGGCAAGCAGGAUACAACCAGAGUAGAGGUGGUGGAGGGGGCGGCGGAGGUGGCGUCGGCGGCGGAGGAGGAAGAGGACGAGGGAUCAGCGGCGGUCCACCUGGAAUGGGCGGAAUGGGAAUCGGCAGCGGCGGCGGCGGCGGCGGCGGUGGUCCAGGUAUGCUCGGUAGAGCAGGUGGAUUCGGACCCCGCGGAGGUGGUCCCCACGGCGGAUUUCUCGGCGGCAGCGGUGGUCCCGGUGCCAUGAGGAUGGAGAAGAUACACCCGCAUCGUUUCAACCCGAUAGGGAUGGGGGGCGGUUACGUGCAGUCGCAUUUCUGGUGACCUAGCGUCGAGCAGCCAGCAGCCACCAAGACACCAUCAUCGGCCACGUACCUUUCUUCGUCUGAACGGAGACAAAAAACCGGCGACGACUGUCGUCGUUCGUAAUCGCUGUCGCCCCCCGUGCGAGCGAGCGAGCGAUCGUGAGGCGACGUUAUGCAUACGGAGCCCCUGUGUGAUCUAGGAUCACAGAAAAAAAAAGAACACACUAAACAUACCGAGAAGGAUCGUCUCAAGCAACCCCCGGAGGGAAGGAUGAUGAUGAUGGACUACGACGACGACAGCGGCCCGAGGAGGAGUAGAGUCGUCGAGAACGACCGGCUCGGCGUGUACAGCUUUACGAACGACGGCGUACUGACUGACAACCGAGUGUAAAUUAUUCUGCGCGUAUAAUAGUAUUUAAUGUUUCUACGUGCCUGUACCAAAGCUCGCAACACCUAGUAUUGUACGUCCA